CCGGCCUCCCGGGGGAUGGGCCACCAGGAGCCCCCGCUGGCCCGUAUACGGGCGGGAGGUGCGGCUUAUGUAAACAGGUUAUGUAAACGGCUCAGCUGGCGCGAACACGUGGAGAGCCGCGGGAGCACGGACACCCGGUUCUCCCCCGCUGGCGCCGCUGCCACCGCCAGUGCGGCUGCAGGCUUCGGAGCACACCCGGCCCGGGCCGCCGCCUCUGGCACCGCUCCGUACCGGAGGCAGCCCUGGCCCGGACCGGACCAUCCUCGGCCCGGGGCGCCAGGGGGGAAACGGGCCGCCCGGAAAUGGAGGCGCGCCGGUCAGGUCACAAUCCAAGGUCCCACUCCUCCACGUCCCGGGGCCGGACGGAGGGAUGAGGCAGGGGGGACCCCGGCAGCGCCGUUGCUGCUCCCCCCGCCGCCCGCAGCCAUGGAAACGGGGGAGGAGGACGGCGCCCGUAGAGGUACACAAAGCCCCGAGCGGAAAAGGCGAAGCCCAGUGCCGCGGGCGCCCAGCGCGAAGCUGAGGCCGGCAGCGGCCCAGGCCAUGGAUCCGGUGGCAGCCGAGGCCCCGGGCGAGGCCUACCUGGCGCGGCGGCGGCCAGAGGGCGGCGGCGGGUCGGCGCGGCCGCGGUACAGCCUGUUGGCAGAGAUCGGGCGCGGUAGCUACGGCGUGGUUUACGAGGCAGUGGCCGGGCGCAGCGGGGCCCGGGUGGCGGUCAAGAAGAUCCGCUGCGACGCCCCCGAGAACGUGGAGCUGGCGCUGGCCGAAUUCUGGGCCCUGACCAGCCUCAAGCGGCGCCACCAGAACGUCGUGCAGUUUGAGGAGUGCGUCCUGCAGCGCAACGGGCUAGCCCAGCGCAUGAGCCACGGCAACAAGAGCUCGCAGCUUUACCUGCGCCUGGUGGAGACCUCGCUCAAAGGAGAAAGGAUCCUGGGUUAUGCCGAGGAGCCCUGCUAUCUCUGGUUUGUCAUGGAGUUCUGUGAAGGCGGAGACCUGAAUCAGUACGUCCUGUCCCGGAGGCCGGAUCCGGCAACCAACAAAAGCUUCAUGCUACAGCUCACGAGCGCCAUUGCCUUCCUGCACAAAAACCACAUCGUGCACAGGGACCUAAAGCCAGACAACAUCCUCAUCACAGAGCGCUCUGGCACCCCCAUCCUCAAGGUGGCUGACUUUGGGCUGAGCAAGGUCUGUGCUGGGUUGGCCCCCCGAGGAAAAGAGGGCCAUCAAGACCACAAAAAUGUGAAUGUGAAUAAAUACUGGCUGUCCUCAGCCUGCGGCUCGGACUUCUACAUGGCCCCCGAAGUCUGGGAGGGACACUACACAGCCAAGGCCGACAUCUUUGCCCUGGGCAUUAUCAUCUGGGCAAUGAUAGAACGAAUCACUUUCAUUGACUCUGAGACCAAGAAGGAGCUCCUGGGGACCUACAUCAAACAGGGGACCGAGAUCGUCCCUGUCGGUGAGGCGCUGCUAGAAAACCCAAAGAUGGAGUUGCACAUCCCUCAGAAACGCAGGACUUCCAUGUCUGAGGGGAUCAAGCAGCUCUUGAAAGAUAUGUUAGCUGCUAACCCACAGGACCGGCCUGAUGCCUUUGAACUUGAAACCAGAAUGGACCAGGUCACAUGUGCUGCUUAAAAUUCAGGGCAAAGCAUCUUGAGUGUUGUUAAACUAGGUUGAUCCUCGGGACCCACAGUCUCAUCGCGUCUCACACAGGACGGCAGAGUGUGUAGGUGGCGGCCUGGUCGGUUGGCGAUCUCCCAACAGCUGGAUCUCCGGCAAUGUGAAGCUUUUGUUUGGGAUUUCCCCCUCCUUUUAGUUUUGCUUCUUCUUCUUUUUUUUUUUUUAACCUUAUUUUAUUUUUUGUCCUUUUUUUUCCUUUUUUUUUAUUUAAACGAUUAAGACUUCAGAAGAGCAAGAAACUAUUCUGUGGAGAAAUAACACGGACAAAGCAUAUGUGUAAAUUCCAUUUUUAAUUUUUAUAAGGGGUUAGGGAUCUCUUUGGUUCUCCUUUAUCUUCCCUCUUCUUGGUUUUUACCCAUCCCUCGGCUCUGUUUCCAACACCUCACGUCCCCAGAGAGGCCUGCCUCUCCGUGGAGACGGGUCAGUCCCACCAUGGGGGCGUGAAGACAGGAAGCAGCCUGCAGCCCCCCCUCCCCCGCCCCCCCAGACGCAGGCACUGCCGGGCUGCUCCGCGCUCGCCCUCAGGCCUUAGAGAUGGUCAGAGGUGAAGAACCACCUGGAAGUGGAAGACAGGGUUUGGCCAGGAGAACUCAAGAAAGUCUAAACUGCGGGUUUGCUUGCUCUCUUUCGGCUUCUGGAAGCUCUGGGCUACGCCAGGACACGCAGUGGUGCAGUUCACUCCCUCUUCUGCCCCUUGUAAGUGAGAAUGCUGGGGGCGGGGGCUGGGGGGACAGAGGUGACUCUCCCCCCACUUCCCGUCGGUUGAGUGUCAGCCCAGCCCAGCUUGACAAGCCUACGUUUCUGGUAGGGAUCUCCCUCCCGGAGGAAGACCGCCCCCCAACCCCGCCCCAGGAAACAACUUGUGCCAAACCUCUCUCUGGGACAUGGCUGGGCCUUCAGCAGGCAGCUGUCACUCCUGUGGGGUCAGUGCCGGUCACCUCCCACCUCCUGGGUCAUCCCCUUCCCCUACGCACCCGCCAAACAUCCCUGUUGUCACAGAGACUCUCUGAGUCCCUGAGAUCCAGUUGUGACCACUGCCAUGAGAACAGGUGUCCUGAACUGGCCGCCAGUGUCCGCUCCUCCCAGGGAGGGGUGUGCCCUGCGUGUGGGCCUGUGGUGUCACAGCUGGUGACCGGGUCAGAUACCGUCACCGUCACCCCCAGGGACUUACUGUUAGGUGCCCCCACUCAGCGUCAGCGUGUCUGCUGAGGGAACAGGGACCUGCCGAGAGCAGAGAGGGGACAGGGUAGAGCCCCUGCAGCUGCCCGUUGUGACCUGCCAGCAUCACCCUGUGAGCCUCACCUCGCUGUCCAUGCUCGCUGACGGCGCUCUGCAGCUCCCGCCUCCCGGGCUUCUGGACCUGGAUGUCCGCUCCCCUGGCAGGGUCACGGAGACUGGCCUCGGGUUGUCCCUGUCACCCAGAAGCAGCUGGGGCUACUCUGGAGGCUUUUCACCCCAUUACGGCCAAGUAGGAAAGGCUGUUGGGGGAAGGGGAAAGGAAUUCUCUUAGGUUUGCUUUUUGUUCUCUCAACCAGCAUAGGAUCGAUAAAGGAGGUAAUUGCAGGGCAUUCAGGCUGCUGCGUGACCACGGGGGGUGGGCUCUCCCCCACCCCCCCACCGAAGCGGCAGUCCUUGGGCCCUGGGGGCCUGGAGAGACCCGUACAACACCAUCCCCGAACCGCAAACUUUCAGCACGCUGGCUUCUGCUCCCUUGGGCGCAGGGGGUUGGCUGCCAGGCGCAGGGCUGCAGGUGCGAGCCGGGCCCUUCCUUCCUGGUGAGACCCUUUGUGCCCACCUGCCUCCUGUCUCCUCAGGCUCUUUGGAGGGUGGGGAGCGCAGUGUCCCUAAUCACACACACUCCCCUUCUCUGCCUGUCACCGCGCCCCCAACUUACCCUUAGGGGCUGCUGUCUCUGUCCGGGAGCAGAUGGGAAAAACAGUCCCCAAACUCGACUGCAGCCCCUGCCUUCAAGUCCCCGAUGAAGGCUCGGGCCUAACAAGGUAUUUACCUUUUGCUCGAUUUUUCCUCUGCUCUCCCCGGGUCCCCCCCAACUCCCCGCCAUCUGGGCAAGGUCUUGGAGCUGCAGUGGUCUCCCCGGCCACCCCUCCCCCCCCCACAUUACUUCUCUUGGCAUCAGAGUAGCCCCUGCAGGUCCCAGGAUGUCUACGCCCUUGGACGAGGCAGGUGGCCUGGUGGGGGGCGCCGGCCUCGCGUGCCCUUCCCUUGCAGAAGUCCGCUGAUCCCAGCUUGGGGGUGGGGCCUCCUUCCCUGGCUCCUGAGGGCCAGCUUGUUAGCCCCAAGUGCCUGUCUCUCCCCCCUCCCCAUGUGUCUCCCUCGCGCACCCAGCCGGCCAGGAGGACGUCACCCCGCAGUGAGCGCCGGCUCUGCCCGCGGCCAGUGGCCCAGCUUGGGGCCGGACCCGGGGAGCCCCUGUCCUCUUCCUCGGCCCCCUUCCCGCUCAUCCCCUGCCCCGGUCAGCUUCCUGCCUUCCCACCCUCUCCACCUGCGCCUCAUCUCCACACCACCGCGUUCGUAAGGCCCGUCCAAGUUCUAGGAGGUUCCAGACCUUAAAAUAGCAGUCAUUCUCUUCUCCUUGGAUGUGUGAAAAGGUUAGCCCGGAGGAGGGAGGCUCUGGGCCUGAGCCCUGUGGGUGCGGGGCUUGGGUCCCCGUCCGCCAGAGGACGCAGCAAGACAGAUCAUAGUGCCUUAUUCCACUGCCCUCCCCUGACCAGACCUGCUGGCUCGGCCCGAAGCCUGUGGCGUCCUUCUCCCUGUCCGUGUCCGUCUGUCACUUACACUCAUUCCUGCCCACAGAGAGCCACGAGGGACGGGUCCCCCCUGCCCCCUCGCCCCAUCCCUCCCCGGGCUGCAGCCAGGCACAGGUGCUCGGCCCCUUUAGCCGAGUACAGAAGAGCCGCCGGGUAGACUGCCUCUCCCCCCCCCACCCCUGCAGCAGGUCCCCGCCCUCUUACCUCUAGCCGGGAGGAUGCUGCCAUCUGUUCCCUCAAGACAGGCUCCGUCUGACCCCUUUCUGGGCACCGGGGACUAAGGUCACAGGCCCCAGCCUCCUCUCCCAGAGGCAUUGGGACCGAAGAGUGGGACUUCUCCCACACAGACGUGGCGUGCCCCCGCCGGCUGCCCUUCUGAGGAAGCGCGUUCAAUGUUUACUUGAGAAAUAACCCUGUUUACAGCUGGAGGAGAAGCGUGCCCGCCACUGGCGCAGACCUGCCUCCCAAUGCUGCCUGGCCUCCUUUCCGGCACUGCCAGGGGUGGUCCCGGAGCUAACGAGGCAGAGACGGCAGGGGGCGCCCUGCCCCCAGCUCUGUCCCUGACCCCCGGUGCUAAGACCACUCACCACCUUCCUCGCAGCCUUCCUGCCCCUGGACAUUCCCCGCCUCGACCAUUCCCUUCCUCCAGGGUUCUCUGCUCCUCGACAUAUCAGCUGGCCCCUAGAAAACCAGUGUUUGGAGCAAUAAGAUUAUUUUUGCCUGAGUCUUUCUAAGAAAAGGUAAACAGCUGGCAUGAUAAGAAUGUUCUUUUCCAUGCCGUCGCAGUUUACCUUUUUAGAAGACAGAUCUUCGUAGGACGGAUGCCUGGGUUUCAGCCUCAGAGUAUUUUUUGGAAACUUGGAACAGCAGGAGUUGGGCCUCUACCUCCUAAGGAGGGGACCCCUAACUCUCUGCUCUCACCUUGCCCCAUGCUGCCUGGGCUUCCAGCCUCACCCCCCAAGUGCGCGUCUCACCUUUGAUCCUGCUCACGGCGCCCCCCCAUACCUACAUCCCGGGGCUCCUGGGUGAUUGCUCCCCCCGACUCCUUUCCCCUUCCUUGGCCUGGCCGGUGGCCCCCAGACAGACACGGCACUACUGGAGUCGUCUAGGAACUGGCAGCCCGAGCACGGCCAAGCUUGGGGCUGCGCCCCGGCCUUGGGGACACCAGGCCCAUCUCUGAUCCUGCCCACGGGGCGUGGGGGGCAGGGACUCAACUCCUGUCCAGAGAGAUGCCCUCAGAAGGGGAAGCAAGAGAUGGGACGUGAGGGGUGGCCACCGUAAGCCCCCAUGGCCACCGUGGAGAAGCGAACCCACUGUCACCGGCUGUCAGGAGGUUCCCCCACAUCGUUCUCCAUGCGAGGCCGCAAGAGGAGGGGAGCUUAGCCUGUUCAGGAACAUUUUAAAGAAAGCCUUUGUGCCCGAGGGGCCUCUAUCAUUAGACAAUUUCACGUUCGCGCGGGGCCGACGCGGGUGUGAGGGAGGCAUGACCUAGCCCAGGCACAAAGUUAGCUUCGAAUACUAGCUGAUAAAUCUAUUUUUCUUUAUUUUCUUGUUUUGCACAGAAGCUGGUAAUCUAGGACCUACGUGUGAACAACUUUAUAUGACUAUUUUUUGUACUUGGUUUACUUGGGUUGGUAUGAUACAUUAUAUUUAAGUUCCUCGAACACUGUGCAUCCCCCAGUGCGUAUGAAUGACUGAGGCUUUGUAAAUUAAGGGACGUUUGUGUGAAUAAAGUUAUUUGAUGGGGUCAAAGAAGCCAUACGUGA